CACGCACUAAACAUGCACACAGCACUCAGGUGUCGGUGACAGUCAGUAUCCAAGUAACCAGCAGAAGACGACUCAACAAAAUGUCAUUUGAAAAUGCACACACUACAAAGACCCAACAAUGACAACAGAAACGUACAUGCUUAUGUGUCUUUAUUAAGGAUCCCAAAAGAUGGCAGGGGUAAAUGCAUGUAGAUGUCUGCCUUGCCUCCUUCUUAUUUAUUCAUACGUGCCUCCUGUGAGGCGGCGGAGAUUCGAUGUCUUUAGUCGGUGAGGAGGCAUCGGCAAGGCGGCACAUUGCGUGAGUGGAAGCCGACAUCCAAGUGUGGUAAGAGGACUUAUUCUUAACACUACAAUCAAUGUGGUUUUGUUAAUGGUAAUACUGUAUUCCUACGAUGUAUAUGUCAAUGUAGGUUAUGCCAAAAAGUUUUGAUACAAUAAAUUUGAUUAAGUUUUAAAAUUAUAAAACUAAUGCACAAAUUAAACUUGCAUGUUUUGCUUUCCAUGCCCUAAAACAAAACAACUGUCAAGCGUUUGCUACCAUGGAAACCUCAUACAACUCCGAGCGCAGGAAGGAUAUUGUUAAAUCCCAACAACAGACUACAGGGCAAGCAGGGUUUGUGAAUUCCCUUGGCCAAAAUGAUGCUAAUGCCCAGACGGGAGAGGAGCCUAACUUCAACCUAAACCUCAGCGUGACCUCAUUGAACGAUCCCCGCUCUCAGAAGGAUGAUGGGAAACUUGCAGCAAGGCGAAGUCAGGAAGGCCGGAAGCCCAAAGUCUCCUUGAUGAACAUGAAGGAAUCUGAAUCACACAGAGUGCAAAAAUUUGUUCGCAGCCCCAGAGAGAGGGACAAAACACGAACAUUGAGAGUGGACGCAUCAGGCGCCUUAAAGCCCACACCCCAAAGUGAAACUCCAGUGAGGACGACCAGCCAUUAUACACCGAGCCUUAAAAUGCAAAGCAUUAAGAAGCAAGAUCCAAUGGUUCAAGAUCACAGAGAAGAUUCUGGGUAUCAUCUGGGUAAAACUGUUCCAGACAUUGAAGAAGCAGAACCAGCUAGCCACACAGUUUCAUCCACUUCUGUAAACCCAAAGCCACAAAUGGAGAAGAUGCAAUCAAUCCUUGUUGGUAACAAUAAUCCCAAACUAUUCCAACUUACACUCAACUCUGAAAUCACAAUAGCGCCCAAAGUCAGCCUCGAAUCAAAAAGGGCACCGAAAAACAGUUGUGGAUCAAAGGGAAGUUCCGCGCAGAAAACGGGCUACAGCUUCAAGAUGCGUUCCAAUGUUUACCCUAAGAGUGGAUCCAGAAAAAGUCUGGACUGCAAAACUGACAGUGUAAGCUGUGACAUGUUAGCCAAAGAAAAUUCAAGUUUAAAAUCUAGUCCAGGUCCGGAACCCAAUUCGGAUUCUUUUAAAACUGAACCGACUAGCCCCCCAUCUAUAAUGGUCUUGCCCAGUCCAGUUUUAGCCUCUAGGUGUAAUAGUCCAUGUUCUACUCCAGUUCCUCUGGCCGCUUCCAGUCCAAAAACCAGAGCCUGUGUUGCCGUGACUACACACGGAGAAUGCCCACAAGAGCCUGAAUAUGUGGCAAACUUGACUAAAGGUCUUCUUACCUUUGACAUGGUGGACAUGUCAUCACUGAAAAGGGGUGUUGCUCUGAAGAAAGGACAAUGGAAGGCGACAGUGGCCGGAGGAACUGUGCCAUCACAGGACGCCAAGCAGUGGUUGGUUGAGGCUGGGGGGUCCCCGGGAAGUAAUGGGAGGCCACCUCAGCACAAAGUGGGUCAACUGAGAGACGAUAAUGUCAACAUCCUACUGUCACAACCCUUCCAAUCUCCUUCUGCUCAUCCAGAGAGGCUAAACUUCAGUGAGAUGCCUCGUCCUCGGGCAUCAGAGAGGAGAGAGGUGGGGGUCCAGGCGGAGGUGCGUGUGACGGAGCACUCGGUAUCCACCAGUCCAAGCCUGCUAAGAGGAGCUCCCUCCUUCUCCCUGAUUGGUUCUCCCAGCUGUCAAUCAUACAGCUUGACCUCACCAACUGUGUCACUGUGUUGUGUGCCGGCUGUGCAGCCUCUUCGAAAGCAUGUCUGUAAGAUUGAUAUUGAGCUGUGCAGCCAAUUCAAAGAAGGAAAUGCGAACAGCAUAAAGGGAGGCGAUGAAGAAGUGAAGAAUGUGAGGGUGCAAGCGGGAGAGGAAGUGGGAGCUACGCCGCGGGAGGUGGCAAAAGACGAGCAGGGAAUGACGUGGGAGGUGUAUGGCGCCUCAGUAAACCUAGAGUCUCAGUCCACAGCCAUCCAGUCCCACCUUGAGUCCAAAAUCCAGAAGCAGGCAAAACAUAUCCGGUCUCUGAGGAGGUUUAUCAGGAAGCACAACUGGAGAAAGAAACAGAAAAGCAAGAAGAAGAAGAGAAAGAGGGUAGGGAGGACGCUGAGGUGCUGCUGCACAGCUCCUUUGGUGCAGGAUUGACCAGGAAUUCAGGCAUCCAUGGAAGGAACUCAUCAUGAUCGCCAAGCAUGCUAACAAAAAAAUUAUACUUCCACUUACUCUUGUAGUAGUGCACAACGUGUAUGUGCAAAAAAAGUAAAAUGCAUGCAAUGUAAAUUGUUAGUUUACUGAAGUGUGAUAAAAACGUUUUCACUGGUGCUAAAUAUUUCAGCCACUUCCUUUUUUGGGAGAAAAUGUCACUGAACCAUCCAGGAAAAGUUCAGUGCAGAAAACACAAAUCAAUUCUAUCAGCAAGAAUGAUCUGUAGUAACUAUUUUGUCAGUGUUUCACUCACCUCACAUCUUUAAGACAAAAUAUACCCGCCAUGAACACAACUUCAAAAUUCGGAGAGCACUCAUCCACCAUUUUUAUCACCACCUCCUCUUCGUCCCGCACCACGCUGAAUUAUUUAAAAACAUUAAAAAAUCACGCUGGUGUCAACAACAGAAUCCAGCAGCUAUGUUUUAUUCAGUCUGCACUUUAGGGUACACGGAGGACUACAGUGCCCGAGCAAAAAAAAAAAAAAAGACAGAUUAGAUCGGGGUUUUAAAGUUAAAGUGCCGAUGAUUGUCACACACACUAAGUGCGGUGAAAUUAUCCACUGCAUUUGACCCAUACCCACAGGGGAGCAGUGAGCAGCAUGGUGGCCGCGCCCGGGAAUCAUUUGGCGAUUUAAUCCCCAACCCCCAAUUCUAACCCUUGAUGCUGAGUGCCACGUAUUUCAAACUGGGCCCCAUGCAGAACAAUUAGGGAAACUUUUAUACAUUUUAUCCAUCAAAUAUGCUAAAACCAAGGCAGUGCAGGUGAAGACAUGUUACGCGUUAAGAAAUGUUAAGAGGCUCUGACUGUUGGGCUCAAAUUUUGCUUCAAAAUAUACACCCCCAAGCUUUUAGAUAAGCAAAUAAACAUUCAUCACUCAAGUAAAAAACACUUAUAAAAUGUACCUCGAUGACAUUGUGACAAUACAAUUGCAUUUUUAAAAAUUUUAUUUAAAUUAUGCAAGCAAGUAAUAACUUGUAAUUAAUCAUGAUUAAUCCAAAUUUAAAAGUGUGAUUAAUCUGGUUUAUAAAAAUACUCGUUUGACAGCAGCUUGUAAAAAUAUAUAUUUAUUUUAUGUUUCCCUACAGUGUUCCCUAGUUUAUCGUGAGGGUUAUGUUACAAACCCACCCGGAGUAUGUGAAUUCCUGUGAAGUAAGGACGCUAUUUGGUUUAUGAGUUUUAUGAAUAUGAAAUGCAUUUAAAGUCUUUACAAGCCCACCACACACGCUACACAGCUUUCACUCACGCACACUUCCGAUACUUCCAGGCUUCACUUCACUAAAAUAAUGCUAUUUGGUAACAGUCAAAGAAAAAGUCAAACAACAUUACAAAUAGACAGAGUAGAUAUUGAAAGGGUAAAAUAAAACACAUUUUUGGGUGUAAUAAUAGAUGAUAAAAUCAAUUGGAAAUGUCACGUAAAAAAUGAAUAACAUAAAAUAGCAAGAAACAUGUCAAUAAUGAAUAAAGCUAAACAUGUUCUUGGCCCUGCGAUGAGGGGGCGACUUGUCCAGGGUGUACCCCGCCGUCCGCUCGAUUGUAGCUGAGAUAGGCGCCAGCGCCCCCCGCGACCCCAAAAAGGGAAUAAGUGGUAGAAAAUGGAUGGAUGGGUGGAUGUUCUGGACCAAAAAUCACUUUGUAUUCUCUACUGCUCACUUACCAUGAAUUGACUAACUUGGACCCCGACUUAAACAAGUUGAAAAACUUAUUCGGGUGUCACCAUUUAGGGCUCAAUUGUACGGAAUAUGUACUGUACUGUGCAAUCUACUAAUAAAAGUUUAAAUCAAUCAAUCAAUCAAUCAAUCAAUCAAUCAAUCAAUCAAUCAAUCAAUCAAUCAAUCAAACAAUGUUACCAUAUCUGAGUUAUUGUGUGGAAAUAUGGGGAAACUACUAUAAAUGCGAGCUUCAUUCAUUAACUGUGUUACAAAAAAGCUCAGUUAGAAUAAUACAUCAUAUUGGAUACAGAAAACACACAAACCCUUCAUUUAUCAAAUUACAAUUAUUGAAAUUCAAUAAUUUGGCGCAUUUGCAAACAGAUAAAAUGAUGUAUAAAGCAAACUAUAACUUGCUACCCAAGAACGUACCACAAUUCUUCUCAACAAAAUAGGAGAAAUAUCACCCUAGAGGAAAAUCUAAUUUAAAAAACAUUUGUAUGCUCGUACAACACUUAAAACCUUUAGUAUAUCAGUAUGUGGAAUUAAAUGAUGGAAUGGAUUAACCAAAGAAAUCAAACACAGCACUAAUAUGAUUCAGUUUAAGAGACUGUUCAAACUACACAGAGCAAGAAUUAUGAUGAACAUCUUGAACCGUUUUCUUUUUUUUUCAUUGAGACAAAGAUUAUUUGUGUAUUCAAUAUUGUUUGCUUACUAUGGUAUAUUAUUUAUUUAUUGUUUAAUUGUUCACUGUUCUGUAACAGAGAACAACGAAAUUGGAUAAAAUUGCUAAGGUAUGAAAAGUGGUAGGAUUAAAUAAGCUCUGCUUCUUCCGACUCCUUUUCGGACCUGCUGUAAUGAAACAACUGGAAACGUGUGAUGCACUACAUUGUAUGCAUGUUCGAAAUAAACUGAAACUGAACGGAACUGAACUAAACUUCCACAGAUCAUACACUCGAAAAACCUAUGUCAUUUUAACAUGCAAACUUGUGAAGGGUACUCAAAUCUCAGUGCACUCAAUAGUACUUUAAAAUCUGCGGUGCACUGAGACCAUGGUAAGUGAACCGCAAAGAAGGGAACAGUGUAUAGGUUGUAUUCACUUGAAGUCAUGUACCAAAGUAGUUUUAACACGAAGUAACCAGCAAGUAUAUUAGAUUAGAUUAGAUAAUACUUUAUUUAUUCCGUCAGGAGAGUUCCUUCAGUCAUUCAGAAACAUUCAUAUUGAAUUAGUCCUGAACUGUCAUAUUUGACAAGUAUUAUCAAAUACUUCUGACUGAACCACAUAUACAACGGACAACAUUGUUCCAUUACCGUUAUGUGUCAAACUUCUAGGUUGCACCCUGACGAUACUGACCUGGGCAACCAUCCAUGUUCCAAUAUCAGAAACCUACCCUGCAUUUAAGGGCAAAGCCCCCCUAUCUUUCAUUGCUAGUUACGUAUCUGAACAACAUUGAUCUUUGAUACUCUUUAGGACACUUCUGCAAUGCCAACAUGAACACUUAUUGACUCAUUUCCAGGAGAAUAAUGUAACCUUGCUGGGGGGCACUUUUGUUCCCAUCAUGCCUCUUGACACUAUAAAUGUGGUUGAUAUUCUGUUAAAGUUAGUCUGUUUUGUUUGAGCUCCUUAGUCAUUAUUUCUUGUUGCUACUGCAACAAAGAGCAUUCUCUUUUAUACUUUCCUAUCUUGGCAUACCAAGCCACCAGAAGUAACUUUCACCAAUCUUUUGUUGGCUCAAGACUGUUAGAUUAGUGUCAGAAGUAGGAUUAUAGGGUGGCAAAAUAGAGUGACAAAGGACUUGAUUGUGAGCUUGAAGAUGCAGUCAAGGAGGACAAGCACAGCCAAUUGGAGCAGCAGAGGAUGCCCUUAAGAAAGCCUUCUAAAGGCAAGCGGUGUGGACAGCGACACAAGCCGACAAUGCCACAGACACCAGGAAAGGCAAAACUGCCCUCCUACAAUGGCAAGAGAUCUCUGGAGA